AUUAAGUGCUGUUUUGAGUAUAUAUGACUGCUGCCGCUGGGAACAGUUGCUAUCUUUCAAGAAACAGAAGGAAGAAUGGAGAUGAGAGCAGGGGAAGACAUAGGCAUAGGAGAAGACCUCACACCUCCACUCUCACCCCUGGCCUUCUCUCUCCACGAUUCUUUCCUCCACUCCCACUGCUCCGCCUGCUCGUUUCCUCUACCAAAUGCGCAUUUUACUCCCACUUCCCCCUUAAAUUCACCACCCCUACACUACUACUGCUCCCCCCGUUGCUCCGCCCUUGACUCGCCUCCCUUCAUGUGUCCCCCUCCUCCUCUCGAAGACUCGUCCCACCUCCGCCUCUCCCUCCGCCUCCUCCAUAAACUAUUCCACUCUCAGAACGAUACGGUAGAAGCAAAACUGGAUAGGGUUGGAGGGUUAAUGACCAACUAUGAGAAAUUCUUGAAUUUGUCUAAAAAUGAGGAGGAAGAUGAGGCAUUGGAGAUGAUUAAGGAAGGUGCGAGGGCGAUGAAGCUCUUGGCGGGAAAAUUGGAGGGAGUGGUUGGGGUGGAGGAGGCGGUGAUGUGCUUGGUGCUGACGAAUGCGGUGGAGGUGCAGGAUAAGGACGGGAGAAAUGUGGGGAUUACGGUUUACGAUUGGAGGUUUUCGUGGAUUAAUCAUAGUUGUUCUCCCAACGCUUGUUUUCGGUUUGUAACGAGGAAGACCAUACCUCCUCAACAAGUGGUGGAGGGAGAAUCCCAGCUCCCGCGGUUGAGAAUUUACCCUGCUGCCAUGGACGGUGGAGCUGGUGAUGGACUUGCUGGUGAUUGCAAGAGCAGUGAGGGAUGUGGUCCGAGCAUCAUAGUCCGGAGCAUAAAAGGAAUUAAGAAGAAUGAGAGGAUCACAAUUACUUAUACUGAUUUGUUACAACCUAAGGAAAUGCGGCAGGCUGAAUUGUUUACAAAUUACCGAUUCAAUUGUUGCUGUAAGCGAUGUACUGCAACUCCUGCAACUUAUAUUGAUCGUGCUUUGCAGGAAAUUUUUGUUUCUGGUGUUGAUGGUCUCAACUUAACUUCCAAUGAAGACUCGUACAGAUCCAAAGCAACUGCAAAAUUCAUGGAUUCAAUUGAUGGUGCUAUUGAUGAGUAUUUGACCUCUAACAAUCCCGAGUCAUGCUGUGAGAAGCUUGAGGAUUUGCUUACACAUGGGCACCUUGAGGAGCCACUGAAACCCAAGCCAGAAAAGUCACCUCAAUGCAUAAGGUUACACUUGUUUCAUCAUCAAUCUCUACAUGCAUACACCACGCUUGCUUCAGCAUACAGAGUUCGUGCUAGUGACCUCUUGGCUCUUAAUCCUGAAAAUCAUCAGCAUCAAAUGGAAGCUUUCACUCUGAGCAGAAUAAGUGCAGCCUACUCCUUGUUGUUGGCUAUAGUUACUUAUCAUCUUUUUCUUUCUGAAUCUUCAAUAAUUGCCUGUGUUGCGAAUUUCUGGAAAAAUGCUGGGGAGUCCCUAGUUUAUCUCUUUAGAAGCUCAGCCUGGGGUACAUUUUCCAAUUUACAGCAAUCUGUUUCUGAAAAUUCAUCCAUUCUAAGCCAUAAGUGCUAUCAGAUUGUCCAACUGGAUGGCAGUGGAGCCAAUUCUUUUAUUAAUACUGAAGAUCAAUGUAGAAUGUUUGGGGACAUAGGUAGGCAGCACAUGAAUUGUAUUGUCAACUUAACAGAAAAAAUAUGGAGCUUCCUUAGUCGUGAAAGUCGACAUCUGCAAGAAGUUAAAGAGCUCAUUGAUUUUAGAUGGCUUCUCACAGUGGAAACUCCCCUUGAUCUCGGAACUCGUCUUACUUGCCGGGAUAGCAGAACUGUUUCCAGACUUCAAGAAAAGGAGCAUACCAACCUAGAGAGAGCAUAUCUCUUUCAGCUUGGUCUCCACUGCCUGCAUUAUGCAACAUAUUUGUCAAACAUCUGUUAUGGCCUAAAUUCCCUGUUGACAGGUGAAGUUUGUCAAUCUUCUAUACUCUGAAGGUAUAUAUAGUGGCUGGUUAAUUCAACCAAUUUGCCUGAAAAAA